GUCCGCGUGAGUGGCCUCGUCCCCUCCUGUCAGGUCCAGCAGCACAUACAGGGCCAACCAGAAGGAGUGGAAUGGAAAUUCGCCCUUUUCUGUGUGAAUGUGUGUAUCUGCAGGCGCAAACAGUGAAGUGGAGAGAUUUCGAGCGCACUGUGGUGCUGCGGUGUCAGUCCUCUAUCUGGUAUAUCAUGUUUGCGGCGCCCCUGAUUGCAUCGCUCCUGAUUCUCUCGCUCCUCCAGCCAUGUUGGCUCUGGCUGCUCCGCCACCCGAUGUCCAUGAUGCAGAUCUCGCCAACAAGUGCGCCUCUCCAUCAGCAGCACCCUGCCGCCCUCCCAAUCUCCCCUGCCAUGACAUCAUCUGAUGAGUCCUUGAUGCGCCGAUGCGUCACUCUGGCUACCCGAGCUCUCGGCCGGACCCGGCCCAACCCGCCGGUCGGCUGCGUCAUUGUGACCCCCGAUGGCCGCAUUGUGGGAGAGGGCUACCAUCCGAAGGCUGGGGAGCCCCACGCUGAAGUGUUUGCGCUGAGGCAGGCGGGCGACCUGGCGAGAGGGUCAACAGCGUAUGUGUCGCUGGAGCCGUGCAGCCACCACGGCAGGACGCCGCCGUGCUGCGAUGCGCUCCUCGCUGCUGGGGUGGCUCGGGUUGUCGCUGGAGUGGUCGACCCCAACCCACGGGUCAGCGGAGGGGGUCUGGCCAAGCUGAGAGAGCAUGGCGUGGAGGUCACAGUGAUGGAUGACGACUCUUGUCGGGAGGUGCUGGCGCCCUUCUUUCGGCGGAUCGGCGGCAAGAGCCUGUAUGGGAGUGUGAUGGGCAUCGUGACCGACGACGGGUUUGAGGCGAUGCUGCCCUGGCCGCUCGAGGCCAUGGGGGACGACUGCAAGUGGGAGAGCUCAGAGGUGCCGCUAAUGUGGCAGCAGAGAGUGCAGGCGGACGCUGUGGUCAUCGACUGCGAUGGGCUCCCAAACACCAGCUCACUCAUCGAGUCAGCUGCACGGCUGCCGGCAUCUGUUGCCCGUGUCCUUCUGAUAGCCUCGGCGGCCAACCUGCCGACGAGCGACGCACUUCGGCUGCUUGCCAAAGACAGUUCUCUUCUCAUCUUUUGCGGCGAAGAACUGCCGAGUGAGCUAUCAAAGGAGGUUGGGGCGAGGGUGUUGCCUGUUGGUGGUGAUGUGCCCGUGCAGGAGGUGGCUGACCUGCUGAAUGGCGAGGGGAUGAUGAGUGUCGCGUGGGCCGUGGGUGACAACCUCCGUGCCGACCUGCUUCAGGGUGGUUUGGUUCAGCGGUUGGUGUUUGUGUUGGAUGGAAUGGGGUGCAGUGUGUGUGCGGAGGGGGAUGUGUUAGGAGGCUGGGGCCUUGACGCCAAUGACGUGUCAAGGAGGCAGGUGGAGCCGUGCUCAGACGGGAGGGAGAUAAUACAUUUGGACUUGGCUGACGCUUGUGGCUGAAUUUAUGUGAUCACAUGCUGCGGCACACUUUCAAUAAUCG